UCAAACUUCGCAUUUUCAUCACAAUGAAUAUCGAUGAAUCCGAUCCUCACCACGAAGAAGUCUGGGACGACUCUCUCCUGAUCGAUUCCUGGAAUCAGGCUUUGAAGGAGUACAAAAAAUACCACAGCAUCCAUGCGAAAGGCGGCAACAUCCGAGACUUGGGAGAAGCCGACGCUAAUCCAUCCAAUAAGGUCACAGAGGCUCUCAAAGUGGACGAAUCAGGCAGUCAACCAGUGGCCGAGACCGUGACCGAGACCGAGCAACACGUCGAGGAACUGCCGAGCAACGAUGCUGAUGCAGCAAUGAACAAUUCCUCUGAGCAGCAUAGCUCACAACCGGGGCACGGCUUAAGCUCCAUCCCCAACGCGUUUCCGUCUCAGGCAAUCCUUGGCACAGUGCGCGAUGACAAUCUGAAAAAGCUCCUCAUGUCAUGGUACUACGCUGGCUAUUAUACCGGCCUGUUUGAGGGGCAGCAGCAAGCACAGCAGCAGGCACCGCAGCCCUGACCCGGACCACGUUGAAUGAAGCUGGGCCCGUCCGUCGGUGUCGACUAACUGAUCGUGGGGAGAGGAACUGCUGCGCCACAGUUGAAUGGUGAAGCUGGGGUGGAAACACUGCGACAAAUGGUGUUCCACAGCCCUGCUAGUACGGCAACCGUUGCGAUGCUUUGGACCUUUGGCGUCUCAGGAUGGCGCUGGUGGAAACAACGUGCCAGUGCAUUUCCAAUCUAUCUCAAUGCAUGGAUGUUUGGUCAAGCUCUACCGAUUUCAGCCACGCUGCGAACCGAUAGUUUCUUAUCGGAUCAUUUGUUUCAUGUUGAAUAGUGGUCGGAACGGAUAAGGCUUCUGCAUUAUGGAAUUCGUGAUAAAGCCACUACUAGAAUUACGCGUUUGUUU